AUGAAACUUCAGAGGUCAAAGACAGAGACCAAUCCAAUCAUCUCUUUUCUACAAAUUGAUGUUGCCAAGAAAAAUCCUGAGCUUGAAAAUGAAACUGGAAAGUUGGAGCACAUGAAAGCAACAGAAAGAAUAAACAAAAACCCUAAAGACAGAAACAAAACAGAUCCAGGAAAAGCCAAAACGAGCCUGCAGAAUAUAAACAAAGAAUCUUGA